GUUGCAGAAAAGUCAUUUCUCUUCGAAUUGGUCGCUAGUCAACGUUCACCGUGCACCACAACAGCAACAUCCUUAUUUGGCAAUUCUCGGUCUCGAAAAGGCCCCAGAUGAACCUAGUAAUCAAGCAGUUUUUCGCUGUUGUGGCAUUGGGCGUCGUGCCACUGGCUCUUGCCCAUAGUGCUCAAGAAAAUGGUGCAAACGUCAUGAAUAUGGAUAUGGAUACAUCCCACGGCGCAGACGAGCCCAACAAGCCCGAUACCGACAGUUACCCGCCCACAUACUUUGCCCUCGCCGACCAUGCGGGACUCAUGUACGCGCAUAUUGGCACAAUGGUGCUCGCCUGGGUCUUUGUGCUUCCAGUUGCUGUUAUGCUCUCAAUCGCACGGUCGAGGUAUACGCUUGCACUUCAGUUUGUCUUCCUCGCCGUGAAUGCUCUCGGCGUGCUUUUGGGGGCGGUUUACAACGCCGCCACCCCCGAUCUAUAUCCCAACAACGCGCAUCACAAGCUGGGCUGGCUGGUGACCUGGAUCGUUUCGGUGCAGGUCCUGAUUGGCCUACUGGGAAUGGCUGCCGGCGCCUUGAAGGGCGAAUCCCGUGGAGCGUACGAUCAUAACGAGUGCCAGUCCUUCAUCCCCAUUUCCACCGCCGCCAUGGCCGAGCACCACCGUAUCCACGGGUCACCGUUCGCCAGCGAGUACCGCCUCUCCAAUGACAGCGGCCAGGGCACCGAGCCUUGUACAGAGUCGUUGCGAAGCCACUCCCGCUCCUUGUCGUCCAACGAAGCAUCCCCGCGCAUUUCGGGCGAUCAUCAGAAAGAGUUUAUUGAGGAUGAUCAAGAUCAUGAGGACGGCCCUUCCAUGCCCAUGCCGAGCAGCAGUGGCAACCAGAAGAAGGCGAACACGAUCCUUGCCAAGGUCGCAGCCAAGAUUUCGUUGCGUGUGUGGAAGGGUCUGUUGUAUAUCUACAACCUUGUUGACAGGAUCGUUCUGCCUUUAGGCUCCAUCACGUUGUGUCUGGGCAUCGUAGCGUACGGGCGUUUCUUCGAGGGCAACGGCAUCUUCAGCGGUCUGGCGCAUUGGGUCAAGGGCGGCAUUUUCUUCUGGCUUGGUCUAUUGACUUUGGGCCGCUGGACUGGCAGCUUCGGCGAAAUAGGAUGGGCGUGGAACGUUCGGCCGAAGCGUAACGACAGUAAGCGGCGGCCUUCGGCCGAGUUUGUCGAGAGCGCCCUCAUCUUUGUUUACGGCUCGACAAACAUCUUUCUCGAGCACCUCGGCAACUGGGGAGGGGAAUACAGCGCGCAGGAUCUGGAGCACAUCUCUAUCACCGUGCUGUUCAUUGGUGGUGGAUUGGUCGGCAUGCUCAUUGAGUCGAGUCGCGUUCGAGAUUUCCUGAAUACCUCGGUCAUCGACGCCACUGUGGUCGCCCCUGAGCAAAGCUACGACGACGAGGAGCGGAACAUGCUCCAGCCGCCGAGACAAUACAGCUUCUCUAUCAACCCUAUCCCGGCGUUAGUGAUUCUUCUCCUGGGCUUCAUGAUGAGCUCGCAUACGCAACACUCGAUGACUUCGAGCAUGGUUCACAAGCAAUGGGGCAACCUGCUCACCGGUGCUUCUUUCGCCCGUGGCUUCACCUAUGUCAUCAUGUAUCUGAAGCCACCCACUUCGGUCUUGCCAUCCCGGCCCCCUACCGAACUUCUCGCUGCUUUUGGCCUGAUAUCCGGAGGUAUCAUCUUCAUGGCCAGUGCCAGCGACACCGUCCAGGGCAUGGAACACUAUAACCUGGAUGCAAUGUUCAUGUACACGGUGACUAUGGGUCUCGUUGGGCUCUUAAUGGCCUGGGAGAUAAUCGUUCUGGCCAUCAAGGGCUGGGCGGUCCGCAACGAGGCCGGGCGGUUGAUGUACCGGCAUGUCUGAACGAGAGUCGUAAGGAGAGCGAUUCCCAGCUUGUUGGGUAUCUCCGAUAAUGCGACGAGGUAGUACGUAGGUUCGUGUGUAGAGAACGUUAUGGGAACGGCGCAGUCAUGAAGGCACGAGAAACGAAGGCGAUACGCGGCAUUGCCGGCACCAAACGGGGGCGCGGUUUCUUUCGCGAGUCCCUAACAUUAAUUACCGAUGGAGAUUAAUACCCUUAUAACUCCAUCUAACGACUGUUGGAAGGCCGUUUUAAUGACGAAUUUUUUUUUUUCCAAAGUACUUAGCCGCAUGGAACAGAGUGGAUAUAGAUUUGGCGAUAAGAGCGUUUUUAUUACUUUGUUUCUUUACGCCCAUGACCAUGGUUUCUCGUUGCCUCGCCAAAAACCUGUCGAUCGUCUCUUUGCCCUCGCCUUUGGCUCUGGUUGUGAUCGACGAAAUGUGACUGGGACCUGCGCUUGAAGAGCACCCAACCCUCGGGACCUCUCAUAGCCUUGCGCAGCCGCUUGUUUCAAUGAUAGGUAGCUCCUUUCGUCGUCGGAUCUCUUCGGCUCUUCAUUGUUUCGAAAGUCGCGACGAUAAGCUUAUGGCUGUAGCUCCCCCAGGAAUCUACCACGUCGUCUCUCGACCCCCGUCCACUAAACCGAGGUCAUCUUAUGACCAGAGUGCAGUUUUCUGAAGCUCUCCGAUCCGGACUCAUUCUCGC